AUGAAUAAGGAAGCUCCUGUGACAUGUAGUUCAGAACAUGUUCAGACGGAACAUGUUAAUGAUAAUUCCAAUUCUCAAAUUCCAAUAACUGAAAACAAUGAUCUACCAAAUAAGGAGAACCACUUGUCUUCCUUGCUCACGACUGUUCUCUCAAAUAAUUCGUUAGACGUACCUCUGACAUUUUCCAAUAUUGAAAAAGACGAUUUUGUUUUUCAAAUGAUUCGAGGAGAUGGAAAUUGUUUUUACAGAGCUUUUGCAUUUUCAUUUCUUAAAAUAUUGGGAGAACGAGAAGAAUCGUUUCGAGUGAAAAUUUGGAACCAUUUUCUUAAAGGGGUUUUAACCAUCAUGAAAAAUAGUUUUAAACUUCCGAGUCAUUUAAAUUCUUCAUUGUCAGAGAUUCGAACAAGAAUUUUUGACUUUUUAGUGAACUAUUUCGGAUAG